CAUAAUAUUUCUCUCGUUUUGUUUUUAUAUUUUUACUGUCCUGCGUAACAGAGAGAAAGAGCGACGAUGGCAUCGAGCUUGCUAAGAAGCCUUGUAAGCCGAAGCAGAAGCAGAUCGUCCAAUGUCGGUGCUGCUUUGAGCACUAGAAAUUAUAGUUUGGUUACCAAUCAAAUCAGUAAUCACACUGCCAAAUGGAUGCAGGAUACUAGCAAGAAAUCUCCAAUGGAAUUGAUCAAUGAAAUUCCUCCAAUCAAGGUUGAAGGCAGGAUUGUCGCAUGUGAAGGAGACACUGACCCUGCACUUGGGCAUCCAAUUGAGUUCAUAUGCCUCGACUUGAAGGAGCCAGCUGUCUGCAAGUAUUGUGGUUUACGAUAUGUGCAGGCUCAUCAUCAUUAGGGGUUAAAGUUUGUCUUUUUUCUGCAAUGUUAAUCAUCUGCAACCAUAUCACAUGGACAAUGACUGUUAUUGGGUAAUCCAUGCAACUCUUUAUUAUCUUGUUUAAAGCCUAUUGUGCUGUCAGAUGACAAGGCCGAGUGCUAAUAACAUUAUGUUGUGUUCAUUACUUCAAUACCAGCAGAAUAAGGAGUUCUAAUCA